AUGGAUGACACAUAUUUAGAUGUAACGGCCGGUUAUGCCGACGAUUGUAAAAUAACGCAAAUGCAUUAUCAUUCGUUCACACCGUAUUCAAACACGUCUUUUUCAUACAAUGAUGAAAUUAGAAUAAAUAUUCAAAAUAUGGAAUCUUACACUCUACCAUGUGAAAGUUAUAUUUACAUUGAAGGAAAGCUAAGAAAACCUUUAGAUGCUGAAGGAGACGUACGUUUUUCGAAUAACGGUUUGGCAUUUUUAUUCUCCGAAAUGCGAUAUGAAAUAAACGGAAUAGAAAUACAAAAAUUGAAAUCACCCGGGGUAUCGUCUUGCCUGAAAGCAUACUGUUCAUAUACACCAAGUGACUUGAAUACGUUAGACAAUUGUGCUUGGGACUCGGGCAUGGACGGCGAAGAUAAUAAAAAUUUUAUGAGCAACGAUGUAUUUACCGGUUGUAUACCUCUAAAACAUUUAUUCGGAUUUUGCGAAGAUUAUAAAAAAAUAUUACUAAAUUGCAAUCAACAACUGAUUUUAAAUCGUUCGUCUACCGAUUUAGACGCAUUACGUAUAACGCAAACCGGAACCCCCGAAAACGUUGAAAAAAAUAAAAAAAUUACGAUUGAAUUGAUUAAAGUGAUAUGGAAGAUGCCUAUAAUCAGAGUUAAUGAUAAAGAAAAAUUAAAACUGUUGAAAGUGAUAGAUUCACGUAAAACGUUAUCAUGUGCGUUCAGAACCCGGGAUCUAUGUGAAUAUCCUGUACUACCUAGAAAUACUUCACAUAAAGUCUAG